CUACAUUCUCCCCUUACCUUAACUGACAGCAACGCAAUGACCGAACCACCUAAGAAUCUACACACCUCCAAGUCCUUCACUCGCCUCGAAUCUCCCCAGUCCCACACUCCCCUAUCCCGCAGUCGAGCAAGCACUCUCCAGGGCCCGCCCGUGCCGGAUAUCCUUGACCCGCUACAGGUCACUUUAUCGCCUGACAGCGAGGACCCAAAGGAUGGAGACAUCUUCGCCUCACGUGACGACCAAGAUCCCGAGGACCCGCCAGUGAGAACAGUGCCCGACACGUUUGAGGAGCUGCCUAUCGAGAUCAGGAGCCUAACAGAGAGGUUCCUCGAGUCACUCUCUGCAAAAGUCCACCCCAGUCCGCUCUCUGCUGACGCUCUCUCCGACCUCUUCCAGGAAUUCUACACCCGUGCUUCCACUCACAUCAGUACCCACAUAGCCACGCUCUCGUCCAGAUUAUCAAGAGAUACCUCCGCGUCUCCCGCACCCAAGAAGGCCUCUGUAUCCAGCAGCAACAGAUCCAGCUCUCUAAGCUCACGAAAAGGCACCGACAAUGUCGGCGAGCAGCAAAUGCUUUCCGUGUCAGAAAUGGCCGACCGGAAGAAAGCUAGACGCCUGCUUGAGGUGAAGCGUGCUGCACUCGAAGAAGCUGUAGAGCGAGCCGUGUGUGAGAAAGUCUACGAGAGAAUAUGGCGACACCGGAGUACGGAUGACGAAGAGAGAGAUCACAAGCUUCGGUCGCGGACGGCAGCCCUUAGCCUGGUUGGCAUUGGUCUUAAGGAGCUUCUGAUGACUGCCGAGGAGCUGACUGAAGAAGAGCGUUUGAAGACCAAAGAGAGGGAAGGCGAAAUCCGGGAAUGGCUAUCCUCUGCCCGGGACGACAUCCGGAAGAUGGACGAGGAGAAAUACCCCCUCGGAAAACUGCACCAUCUUACCGCCGCACACAAGUCCAUUGUGGAAGCCUUGUCGAAAGUCUUCCCCGCCUCAUCAUCGGCUGAUGAGAUCCUCCCGACUUUGAUCUUCACCCUCAUCACAUCACCUCCAGAAGGCCUCAACGCUAUUAGUAACCUUAAGUUCAUCCAAAGAUUCCGUGGCUCUAGCCGUAUGGAUGGAGAAACUGCUUACUGCCUGGUCAACCUAGAAGCGGCUAUUUCGUUCCUGGAGACUGUGGAUCUUUCCUCUCUUAGAGCAGACGAAAUGCGACCCGAGAAGUCAAACUCACGGCCGACUACGCCUAGGUCAGAGAUCACUCCAAUGCCGCUUGGCCUCGCACAGGCUCCAGACCUGACGCAAACACCCGCUACGCCGUUGAAAGAGUCAGCUGUCAAAGCGCCGCCGAGCCCUACGACCAAGGCCCAGCGUCGACUUAGCAAUCUUAUCCAGACACAGACGAACAGGAUUGAAGCUGCUUCCGAUGCCGUCCGCGAUUCGAUACUUGACUCAGCCGAUCAUGCAAUGGACACCAUCAACAAUACACUAGAGACCAGCUUCAAGUUCUUGUUCGGUCGAAUGAAAGAGCAAAACCCAAAUAGCCCUAUCCAAGAAGAGCCUAAACUUCCAAAGACACUGGCCGAUGCGAGAAAACUAGUGAGCUCCCCAAUCCGUGUCGAUAGAGGAGACGACGACAUGGGCAGUGUCAGCGCUGCAAGUUCUGUGCUUGGCGACGAGCACCAAGACGACAGGAGCAAGGAUGCAGGUUCUAAGAUGACGGAUCUCUUCGGUGGAAGACGCGGAAUCCGGGACCGCAGCGUCGAUUCGACGAAAUCUGGAGGGAGCAAUAGUGGGAAGCGGGUCGCCUUCACGGCAUCUCCCAAUGAAAGCAAGACGGCGCAGGCGCCUGCUGGUAAACCCGAGUCUCCGCCCGCUCCAACCAAUACGUCGGCCGUCGACUCCAUCCGAAAUAUGGGCAACAGUCUCAACCCACUCAACCGCUUUGCAAGCAUCAACAUGAUUCCUAGAUUUGGGCGCACCGCGAGCAGCACAGCGAGUACACCUACCAUACCAACUCCUGGGGAGCCUAGUAAGCAGUUACCGCCGACUCCUCCAACAAACCGGUCUGCUUCUGGUGAAGUGGCGCUGGUUGACGAGAAAGCGGCUAGGGCCGUGGCGGCGAUUGAAGCGUUGCGCAAAACGACGCCUCCAGUCAAACGCUUCUUGGAAGCCAAGGAUGCGCAGGACUUGAAAUUAAAAGAGGUAGAUGAGCUGUUGAAGGAGUAUCAACGGUUAGCAGGCGCAUUGAGGCAGGCUAUCAAUUCUGGAUGAACUGCAAGCGGCAUGUAUCUGCCAUAGAUAGAGGCGGGCUGGAUUUGGAUGUCGAGUAAAAGCAACAUGUCGCUACACACCACGGAACAUAAAUAGAAGGGUUUAAUUUGCCAAAUGUCCUGCCAGAAUCACAGAGUACAUCCAGAGGAUUCCGCCUUCUGUCGCAAAUUGGAUACUUGCUAUGUUCUCUCCUGAAUGAUGAAUUAAAGAAAAUAUUUAGGGCCAAAAUUUUGCGCUGCAGCUGAUCA